CUUCAGUCUUUAUCCAGUGCUUCAGUCGAAAGGACCUGUUCAAAUUUGUGAAUUCUUGUUAGAUUGUUGGAACACAAUUAGCGGAAAGAAAAAGUGAUGACUACGUUUCCUAGUGAUCCGCAUCAUCAUUGGGAAAGUGCUAACGGUCACAUGGAGCCACCAUUCCCGCCGGAAGUAUCACCAUUUACACCUAUUUGGGGACAAGAAAACCCCUCACCGAUGGUACAUUAUCCUGAACUGAUGGCUGCUGGAUUCCCAUGUGCGGAUUUAGCAAUUUGGCCGCGGCAACAGGUGGGCAGUUUUGUUAGCCAACGACUAUCCCCUCGCGGGGCACAACCGGCUCCGUCCCAUUCGUCCACGAAGAAAACACGCCGGCGGGUAGCAUCGAUGGCACAACGACGGGCAGCCAACAUUCGGGAGCGCCGACGAAUGUUCAACUUGAAUGAAGCAUUCGACAAAUUGCGAAGAAAGGUUCCAACAUUCGCUUACGAGAAACGGCUGUCCCGGAUCGAAACGCUUCGUUUAGCGAUAACUUACAUUGGUUUCAUGUCGGAGCUAUUGAAUGGAACACCUACUCACCAUGACGGUCGCUCCCCGGAGCUUUACCCGAAUCUUGUGCAUCCGCAUCAUACAAACCAUAUUCAUCCUUCGUUCCAUCAGCGAGAGUAUAUCUCCCCUUAUGGAACUCAUACUGGUUGAUUGUUUCGAAUGUUGACAAGGCUAAGUAAACCAAAGAAAUUUAUGUUUGUGAUGGUAUCCUACUCAAUAAGGUCCAAUUGUUCUUCCACUAGAAUAAGUCUGUGUAUGCAAUUUCUUACGAAUAAAUAAACUAUAAAUAUAACGAAUAA